CCCAGAAGCAUCUUUCAAUGCGGUCCUCCCUGUUUUCCCUCUGUGUUGCAUGUUAUUCUUUGUGGUUCUCGUUUCCUUAUGGGAGAAGAAGGUGUUAGUGUUGAACCUGGAGCAUAUCCCGGUCUGGUAUGUAAUGACAUUCCCUGACAUACAACCCUAUGCCCUCGAUGGAGAUGAUGCUAAUGCUUGAAGGCGAUGUUUUCUCCUUGGUCUGCAUGGCUGGCGAGAUGGUAACGCUGACGCAGGGAGCAGCUUCACAGCUCAUUGACCUCACCGGAGCAACUGCCUGAGAAGCACGGUGCCAAAGCCAGGCAUCUGGCGGGUGCCCACUCUGUUGCUGCGAGGGGUGGGGAGCUGUGCACCCACUCGCGGGGGCUCCUUGGGGACCUACUGCCUGCCAACUUCCCUCUGCCAUCCUCCAAGGCGGCCUAUCCCCAAACACACGUGUCUGGGAAAGGGAAUGAGCACCGUGCAGUCAUACAGCUGUAAACUCCCAGCUGCAGACCACUGACAGGAGUCUAUAGACAACCAGUUUGGGAAAACUCCACUUUAAACCUCUAAAUGAUUCAACGUUUGUUCCCUCUGAUGACACCACGAAUCUGGGAAUGAAGAACCUUUUAGAGCUCAUUGGAAAUGGCAUUGCGAAGCUAAAACUUAACUGGAUGAAAUAUAUCUCCUGAAGAAGAAAAUAUAAUGCACUGUGAGGAUCUGACUUCUGGUGAAAAAUUCAAGCCUAGAGAAAACUUGUCCACUUUGUUAGGAAGAAUGGGUUGGACAAUUUUCUUCAAUUCCAAAGGAUAUCUGAAUGCCAUGCUGAGCUUAAUCUCUGCAGCAUGCUCUGUGCUUCUCAUCUCUUCCUGAUGCACUGCAUGGUUAUCCUGAAGGGGAGGAUAAAGAAACUGGCCAGCAAGAUGGUAAUCACUAGUGGAAAUGAAGAAGAUAAAGGCAAUCAAGAAAAGGAAAGUAAAGAAGAAACCAUCUUGGCAAUGCUUGGAAUUAUUGGGACAAUUCUGAACCUCAUUGUGAUCAUUUUUGUGUAUAUUUACACAACGCUGUAAACUAGAAGGCAAAUAGACCAGAUAAAAUGGCCAUUAAGAGUGAUGACAAACAUUGCUGACUAUUGACAAGUUGUUUAAUCAGAAUUGACUCUGUAUUAUAUUAACACAUCAUAAAAGCACUGCCUGCAGGCAGCGAAGGCUGAAGCACAAUUAAUUGAACAAGACUUUUUCACACAGUAACAAGCUUAACUCUUCUGUCCUGCCCUCUUCCUUUCAGUUUGGGGGAAAAUGACUGCAGUUAUGUAAGCUGUAACUUUGAAGAAAUCCACCAGGGACAUGUUGUUUUAACACAUACAAAAAGAAAAAAAAAUAGGAGGGAAAACAAAAAAGGGGGGAAAAAAGUGGGGGGAGGGGAAGAGAAAGAGAAAAGCAAAAUAAGAAAGAAACUGUACACUAUAUAGAAUUAAAAAUGUAUACUGUAUACUCGCAAAGACUGAACUCAAAGAUAGCUUCAUAGCACAGAUCACAUGUCUGUUAGGUCAAAUGAUUCUUUUUUUUCCUCUUGGUUUUUGCUUUUACUUACAUUGAAUGUGACAAGCUUUUUAUUUAGAAUGAACAUAUGGUGCAAUCUUGAAAAAAAUUAUUCCAUUGAACAAGGUCUGCCCAAACCUGAUAAAAUGUUGGGAGAAAUACGUUACAUGGUUAUUCUUCCUUUCUCAUUUGCUUAACAUCUGUGUCUGUUCAUACCAAUGUUUAUAAAUAUAUAUUUUUAAUAAAUGUGCUAUAUUUUUAGCAUGAACCAAAUAUUUGGAGACACUUGUAUUCAUGCAGCUAAAUUUUGUUUGAUGAAGUGCCCUUUUUGACAAUGGAUGUUAUUUUUCUCAGCAAUUAUACAGCAGUCUUGUCUGCAGCCCUCUCACUGUGGUCUGAAGCAAGCUUACAUCAUGCUCAUAUGCAUGACUUGAAGUUGGAAUGUCAGCUGAAAAGCAUUGCUGCUUAAUAUGGGAAAUAGCGAAAGAUUGUAAGGUGACCUUUGGAGACUGGUUGCAGAAAGAAGGCUCUAUUUAUAGUUGGUGGGUUGUGCUGUGUUUUGCUUCUUAAAAAAAGAAGGCAAAUGAAAGGAAUACUGAGGCAUCUCACAAAAUACUACACUCUGAGUGCCUAUAUUUAGAGAAGCGAGUAGUGCUUCAUGCAGCUGAAAAGAGAAAUGUAGAGUGAGUAGUGAGGGGCGUAAGUGAAAUACAGACUGUAAAUAUGGAAUAUAUUUUAAAUGUGAGGAACAUUAACCCUUUAAGCUUCUCUGAUGUGCUUUAACUGAGGUUGGUGUAAUGAAAUUCUCUGACUUGUGUUUUUGACAGGAAUGUACAAUGAUGGUGAUCACCAUUUUUCUUCAGAAUUCAGUACCUAUAAAUAUAUGAAGCAUUAAAAAUAUGAGACCUCAAUUCUGCCUCAAGCUGCCUAAGUACAUUGCCCAUUAACUCUGACAUAUCCUCUUUAAAAAUAGGUCAAUUAAUUGUUUACUGACUUGUGGUUUGGAUUGCAUCCUCAGAUGCACAAGAAGGAUUGCUGUUGAAGUGAGCUGGAGAUGUAAAAAUUUCAUCCUACGGUCUCAUUGAUUUUUGUAAUCAGUUCUGUCUCUCUGGACUCGGUAAUGAGCUUCCCACCGUUUUCCAGAGGCUAGGUCUGGUCUCAAAAAUACCAGAAUUUCAUUGCAUUGUAUUAAAGCAAGCCUGGAAAACCUUGAGGGACACCUCUCGUAAAUAGAAGCUUUUAGUCUCUUGUGGUAUCACGUAUUCAAUAACAAAGCCAUUAGGAGAAAAGAAAAGGUCAGUAAAUAAAUUAAAAUUAAAUCCACUAGAAGGAUUGAAGGGAAAAAAAAUAAAUCUCAUUUUAAUGAAAACAUGACAAGGUGAGCAAGGAGAGAAAAUGAGCAGAGAUUUGAACAAACAGAGAAUGGCACAGAAAGGUGCCCAACACACCAGCAUGGUGGAGGAAACAUUUGUGUUUGGAUGGUGCUGGUAGAGCUACAGGUUUUGGAGAGGAUGUGAAAGAUCAAUGGCACAGUUGAGUGGAGCUGAGCAAGGCUGGUAAUGAUCCUUAAUUUAUAGUUAGUUGUCUCUUCAUUCCUUAGAAUUAACAGUUCUGGUUCAUUUUAUUUUUAUUCUGAAUUGAAAAGAAAAAUGGCUCAGAUAUAUUUGACUUCACUCUGCCUUUUUAUUUUUCUCUUUU